AUGGCGGACAUCAACGUCGAGGAGGUUCUCAAGAAGCUCACCCCUAGCGAGAAGUGUGAACUCUUGUCUGGCAUCGACUUUUGGCACACCAAGGCCCUUCCUCAUCAUGGCAUCCCCUCCUUACGCACUUCAGAUGGACCUAACGGCGUGAGAGGCACCAAAUUUUUCAAUGGUAUCAAGGCAGCCUGCUUCCCCUGUGGGACCGGCUUGGGCGCAACCUUCAACCUUCCCCUGCUAGAGGAAGCAGGCCGCAAGAUGGGUGAUGAGGCCAAGUCCAAGGGCGCCCACGUAAUCCUCGGGCCGACCAUCAACAUGCAGCGAUCACCACUGGGCGGCCGAGGUUUUGAGUCCAUUGGCGAGGACCCGGUGCUGGCUGGGCUCGGCGCAUCUGCCCUUGUCAACGGAAUACAGAGUAAGGGCAUCCAGGCCACUAUCAAGCACUUCGUGUGCAACGACCUCGAGCAUAAACGCAACGCCACGCAGGCCAUUGUAACAGAUCGGGCACUGAGGGAGAUCUACGCCAAGCCCUUCCAGAUCGCAGUGCGGGACUCGAAUCCGGCGAGCUUCAUGACUGCCUACAACGGUAUCAACGGCACGUACUGCAGCGAGAACAAGGAACUGCUGGAUGGGCUGCUCCGGGGCGAGUGGGGCUGGAAGGGCCUCGUGAUGAGUGACUGGUUCGGCUCCUACAGCACGACUGAGUCUGUCCUCGCAGGACUAGACCUGGAGAUGCCCGGUCCGCCGAGGUUCAGGGGCGAGGCUCUGAAGUUCAACGUCUCGACGGACAAGGUACGGGAGCACAUCCUGGACGAGAGGGCCAGAGAGGUGCUGCAAUUCGUCAAGAAGUGUGCUGCGUCCGGCGUGAAGGAGGGCCAGGAGGAGAGGGCGGAAGACACGCCUGAGACGGCUGCGCUGCUGAGGAAGAUCGGUGGCGAGUCUCUCGUACUUCUCAAGAACGAGAAGAACAUCCUGCCUCUGAAGAAGGACAAGAAGACCGUAGUCAUUGGUCCUAACGCAAAGAUCGCGACCUACCACGGCGGCGGGUCUGCAUCGCUUGCCGCCUUCUACGCCGUCACCCCAUUCGACGGCAUAAGCGCCAAGCUGGAUUCACCACCCGAAUACUCCGUUGGCCAUUAUGCCAAUAAGAUGCUCCCUCUCCUUGGGAGCGUGCUCAAGUCCAAGUCUGGCAAACCCGGAAUGACGAUGACAGCAUACAACGAGCACCCCGACGACAAGGCCGACCGCACACCCUUGGAUGUCGUGGAGCUGGACAAGACGGACCUUCUGCUGGUGGACUACUACAACCCCAAGAUCACUUCGGAGAAGUGGUAUGCCGACCUCGAAGGCUCCUUUGUCGCUGAUGAGGACGCCAAGUGGUCGCUCUCUCUGGUCGUCAUCGGCACUGCCAAGCUUUUCUGCAAUGGUAAGCUCGUCGUCGACAACGACACGGUGCAGAGACAAGGCGAUACUUUCUUCGGACAGGGAACUGUUGAGGAGAUUGGCCACUUCAGUGUCAAGAAGGGCGAGACGUAUCACUUCAAAGUACAGUUCGGCAGCGCUGCCACGUCGAAGCUGGCCGGUGGGAAUGUGCUCUUCGGCGGCGGCGGGCUGAGGGUAGGCGGCUGCAAGAUCAUCGAUGCUGAGAAAGAGAUCCAGAGGGCUGCGGCGCUGGCCAAGGACGCCGAUCAGGUCAUCAUCUGCGCGGGCCUCAACGCGGACUGGGAGACGGAGGGCUCAGACAGGGAGAACAUGGAUCUGCCCCCGGGAUUGGACGAUCUCAUCACAGCGGUUGUAGAGGCCAACCCGGACCACACCGUCGUGGUCAACCAGUCUGGUACCCCUGUCACAAUGCCCUGGGCCGACAAGGCCGGCGCCAUCGUGCAAGCCUGGUACGGCGGAAACGAGACGGGCAACGCGAUCGCGGACGUGCUCUUCGGCGACGUCACCCCGUCCGGGAAGCUCAGCCUCAGCUGGCCCAUCAAGCUGCAGCACAACCCGGCGUUCCUCAACUUCCGCACGGAGGGCGGCAGGACCAUCUACGGCGAGGACGUCUACGUGGGAUACAGGUACUACGAGUUUGUGGACAGGCAGGUGCUGUUCCCGUUCGGGCACGGCCUCAGCUACACCACCUUCCAGUUCAGCGGGCUGGAGGUGUCUGAGGCGGACGGCAAGCUGAGCGUCAGCGUCAAGGUCAAGAACACGGGCAAGGUGAAGGGCGCCGAGGUGGUCCAAGUCUAUGUGGCGCCCAAGCAGAAGGCCAAGGUCAACCGGCCGAUCAAGGAGUUGCAGGGCUUCGCCAAGGUUGAGCUUGGCCCUGGCGAGGAGAAGACGGUCAACAUCGACAUCGAGACCAAGUAUGCUGCGAGCUACUUUGAUGAGGAGAGGGGCAAGUGGGUCGUCGAGGAGGGCAAGUACGAGGUGAUCGUCAGUGAUAGCAGUGAGGUGAGAGAGGACAGGGCCGUCAAGGGCAGCUUCAAGGUGCCCGAGACGUUCUGGUGGAGCGGCAUCUAG